AUGGAUGAAGAAAUAGAAGAAGUAAUCGAGAAUGUAAAACAAACAGACUCUCAGAAAAGUGUGGCCACUACAAACUUGUAUUCAUUGGACUUCAUUGAUAGCAGCUCCGAUAAACUUGAUUCCUCGGGAAUGGAGACUUACAUUCUAGAAUGGGAUAGCGAAGGAAGCGAAUCGCCACGCUACAAAAAUGUCGCUAUUAUGAAAGAGAAUCCAUCAAGAUCUAUGAAUGUUAACAGAGAUGUACAAUGUGAUGUAGCAAAGCGAUAUUGCGCAGAGUGCUCCACCAGCUUUAAUAGAUGCUCCAUUUUCUCACAAGAAAUAUUCACUCAAACAAGUAAAACUAUCAUAGAAUUAGCUCAGACAGAAGAAACCUUAAUAAAGCAUAUGGACCAAAACACUUUACAUACCCAAACAUCGUUUAUUUCAAUAAAAUCUAACAAGACUCUUGAAUACCAAAUAGAAGUAACUGAAAAAAAUAAUUCUAAGGCUAAAGUAGUAAGUGAGUUUGUAGAUCAUUUCCAAAAUAAUGCUUCCAGUCAAUUCAUCGGCAACUGCCUUGAAGAUAAUUCCACUAAAUUACAGAAUUCAGAAAGUGAACUUGAUAAAAGUAAUGAUGACACGAGUGUACCAUGCUCAGAAAAACUACAAAAUGUUAUAAAUGAAGAAAACGAAGAGAAUAUAUACUGUGAUGAACAAAAUGAUUAUGAUAGUGAUUAUGACCACACAGAUUUUGAUGAUGAUUCACUAAUGGAGAGUGACAAACCUGAUCAUAGCAAAAAUAAUAAUCCUAACGAAGAGUGUGAAACGCCAAAAUCUAUGGACACAGAUGUUGCUGAACUUUACAACAAACUGUACGAAAGAAUGGAUUUUCAAUCUCACAAGUCAUUCGAUCAGGACAAGAAACGUUUUGAUCUUUUAACGCCUUUGACUGAAGAAUCAGCGUUUAAAAAAGAUUGGUCACAGGAUGCAGCAUCUGAAAACCACAGUAGUUUAAAUGAUGAAGAUAAAGAUGUAUUAUUCACAAAUAAAUCCGGAAUUAAAAUUAAAUUGUUGCCAAAAGAAGCUAGUCGUGAUGCCGAGUCUCUUAAAUUGCCACCUAUUCAGGGCACCUAUUCCUGUCCUACUAGUCCUAAAUGUGCUAAUACGAAUUUUCUAUUUUCAAUUAAUCCUAACAAGCUGCAAUUGAGAUCGGGAACAUUGCCUUGUGUGUUUGAAGAACGGAGAGAUGAAAAAGGUAUUGACAGAUGGGAGAUUGAGUCUCGAGAGCUAGCGUCGGGAGAAAGUCAUCACAUCAAUGAAAGAAUUAAUUUUGACAGGGGAAGCCAAGGUACUAUCCAACUGCCUCCCAUACACUUUGAAGUUGGUUACAUAGCCAAUUCUUCUAAUGUUGAUAAACCCGAAUACAAAAACACAGACGGGCCCAGGCUGGAGUCCCUGACCGAUUUACAGAAUCCUAUUAAUAUUACAGAUAAGAUUAAGGAACUCAAAAUGAGCAAUAAAAGCAAGAACUUCACGCAGUCACGGUAUAGCGUUCAUAAUUCGGAGAGCAGAAGCGGCUCACCCAGCUCUGUGUGCGACGACAGUAAAUUAUCUGAGCAUUCAGAACGAGGCUGUGAACUAUUGUGCAUUGAGUUGCUUAGAAGACUACGAUCGCCCUCUUGGUUCGAAGUGAUGGAUACUUUGGAUGACAUUCCGAAGGUGUUGGCAAAGUUUUGGGGCGUGAUUGCGGAAAAUCGAAUUGCGGAUUUACUGAGACAAAUUAUCAGCCACGUAGAGUCUCCGAGAACUCAAGUUUCCCGCACUGCUUGUAAUACACUUGCUGCCAUUCUGAAGAAUACUAAUUAUACUAAGAAACCUGAAUUUUACGAAGCCGUAACGAUACUCUUAAUCAAGACAGGCAGCUUCAGUCGUCCCGUCCGACGCGCAGCGAACGUAGCAUUGGAUGAUAUUGUAUGUGGAGUGGAUCUCAGUCAUGUGGUCACAGCUCUCUGUAUACAUGGUGUUACUCACAAGAGUCCUCUAGUACGCUGUGCAUCGGCCAGGCUAUUGGUAGUAUGUUGUGCGCUCGGCGGAGGAGGUCGCGACCUGCUGCGCACGCGCCCACCCACUGCCGCCUACGCACGAAAACACGCACUGCGCUCUCUUGCCGCACUUUUGGAUGAUAAAAACACAGAUACCAGGAAAUACGCCGAAAGGCUGUACACAAUGCUGCGGCCGCUAACAAACUUUGAGGCUUUCUACCUCACUGACGUGGACGUGGAACUAGCUUCGAGACAGAUGAAGAAAUACGACCACCUGUUAUUAUGUAGUACACCGGAGAGCAGAUGA